AUGCCCACAAGUGAGGACUGCCUUACCUUGAACAUCUGGUCGAAGCCAAGCAUUAAGUCUGCUAAGGCGAAGAAACCUGUCUAUGUUUUCUUUCAUGGAGGACGCUUCGCUGGUGGCUAUACCAACACGCCCUUUGCCAAUGGCCAAUACCUCGCAAACAACGAGGACAUAGUCGUCGUUUCGGUCAACUACCGCCUCAAUGUCUUCGGCUUUCCUGGUGCCCCUGAUGCAGACACCAACCUAGGAUUGCGGGACCAACGUCUCGCAGUGGAAUGGCUGCAGAAGAAUGUUGCAGCAUUUGGCGGAGACGCGAAGAAAAUCGUCAUCUCUGGCCAAUCUUCUGGCGGUGCAGCUGUGGACUGGUGGUCCUAUGCGUACAAGGAGAACCCUAUGGUCCACGGUCUCAUGUCCACAUCAGGUAACGUGUUCAGCUUCCCCAUGAACACACCAGAAAAGCAACGAUCCAACUGGUUCGACAUCGUCAAUCUAGUAGGCUGUGGCUCAUCAAACGACACACUGUCCUGCACGCGCCGUCAACCCUGGGAAGUCCUCUCAAAAGCCGUAACAAGGAUCCCUCCCAGCCCAGGCGGCAGUCCAGUCCGUUCAACACCGCCUUUCUACCCCCUCGUCGACAACGAAACCAUCUUCUCCGACUACCUCUCCCGAUCAGCAGCCGGCGACUUCGCUAAACUGCCUUAUUUCCACGGCCACAACGACCACGAACAAGGCUACUACGUCAUCCCAGCUUUUGCACAAGGUCGAAAUGUGACGGAGGCGCAGGGCGACCAGUUUCUGCUUGAGUCUUUCGUCUGCCCCAUCUCUCACGAAGCUAAUGCACGCGUCGAUGCCGGUGUACCCACGUGGGUCUACCGAUACUACGGUGAUUGGAACAAUACCCGUCUGUAUCCUACAUCUGGUGCGUAUCAUGGGACUGAACUGAACAUGAUUUUUGGUGGCUCUGCGGAUGCUAGCGGCCUCCCUCAAACGCAGGCUCAGAAAGACACUGUUAGGUUUGUGCAGCGGGCUGUUGCGGCGUUCACUGAGGAUCCGAAGGAAGGACUGACGAAGCUGGGCUGGCCGGUCUUUGAUCCGGAGAAGAAGAGUUGGGGUGAGAUUGCUGUGGGGAAUCGAGCGGAGGUCUCGUUUGCGAGACCAGAGAAAUAUGAUGCGAAGUGCGGGGAUGUUGUGUUGGGGUCUUUACAGGGUAUGUCGUAA